AUUCAAAGUGCUGGUGACAGCUGUAACGUUUCGUAUCAAGAAGCAUUACAUCAAGGACUAGUCAAUGACGAUCUGGAGAUAGAUACAGAGAUGAAAACAGAUUUCAGUAUGUCUCAUAACUAUACCAAGUUACAGACUUCACAAGAAGACAGCUUAUGCGGCACGAGAUUAAGUUGUAGCAUCAGGGAAAAGGAAUUCCAUAAGUUUAACUGUAGUUUCUGCCUACAGAGCUUCCCUUCAAAAUACAGACUCAUAAUGCAUAUCUUCAUCCACAUUGAUGGUGUGCAGGCACCUGCAUAUGUGUGUAAGUCAUGUGGUGAGGUAUUGCCCACUGAUGACAGCUUGAAAGAACAUUUGAGAAUGAGUGAGGGUGACCAAGCAUUAUCAGCUGCCAACAGUGAGAAACUUGAAUGCAGUGAUGACCAUGAAAACAACAUCUCCAUAGAAAGUGUACAAGAAGAAAUCGUGGAACAGACUGAGAAGCAAUCUUCAUCCAAGGAAACCAGGAAAACUUUAAGGAAAUCCUUUAGUGACAUAUGCAAUACACGUACUGUGGCACAAGUUGCAGAGAAACUCAGAUGUGAUGACUAUGGAAUUUUGUGUACAAGUGAUCAUGUUAAUGUCCACACUGUGCUAAGUGCAAAGAGACAUCACAAAUGUGAUGUUUGUGGUAAAUUGUUUACUCGUUCGCGCAAUCUCAAGGUACACAAAUUAAUACAUACGGGAAAGAGACCCCACGAAUGCGGUGUCUGUGGAAAAUCGUUUACUCAGUCGGGCCAUCUCAAGACCCACAAAUUAAUACACACAGGAAAGAGACCCCACGAGUGCGAUGUUUGUGGAAAAUCUUUUACCCAGUCGGGCCAUCUCAAGACCCACAAUUUAAUGCACACAGGAAAGAGAUCCUACAAAUGUACUGUUUGUGGCAAAUCGUUCAUUCGUCCGGGCAAUCUCAAGGCACAUGAAUUAAUACACACGGGAAAGAGACUCCAUGAAUGCCGUGUUUGUGGAAAAUCGUUUAAUCAGUCGAACAAUCUCAAGACACACGAAUUAAUACAUACAGGAAAGAGACCCCACGAAUGCGGUGUUUGUGGAAAAUCGUUUACUCAGUUGGGCAAUCUCAAGGCACAUGAAUUAAUACACACAGGAAAGAGACCCCACGAGUGCGAUGUUUGUGGAAAAUCUUUUACUGAGUCGGGCAAUCUCAAGACCCACAAAUUAAUACACACGGGAAAGAGACCCCACGAAUGCCGUGUUUGUGGAAAAUCGUUUACUCAGUUGGGCAAUCUCAAGACACAUGAAUUAAUACAUACAGGAAAGAGACCGCAUGAAUGCGGUGUUCGUGCAAAAUCGUUUACUUAGUCGAGCCAUCUCAAGAGGCAUUUGUUGACACACGUUAGAAAAAGACCCUACAAAUAUAGUGUUUGUGGUAAAUCGUUUCCUAGAUGAGGCAGUCUCAAGCAACACGAAUUAAUACACACUGAACAGGGACCACACAAAGUUAAUGUUGGUGGCAAAUCGUUUUCAGAACUGGGUCAUCUAAAAACACAGAAAUUAAUACACGCAGGAAUGAGCCCCUACAAAUAUGAUACUUGCGGCAAAUAUUUUUGUUACUCUGGUAUCUCAAGAAAAUCAUUAGCACACACCGGUAAAUGACCACAGAAAUGUAGUAUUUAUGGCAAAUUGUAUAAAAACUCGAGUAACCUCAAGAAACAGCUAUCACUACACACAGAAAAAAAGGCUACACAGAUGUGAUAUUUGCUGGGAAUCUUUUACUUUGGCCUAUCAUAUUUAGAAGCAUGCAAUAAUACACAUUACGUAGAGACCACUCGAAGUAUUGUUGAGGUCUGUAGACUUAAACAUGUUCAAAGGACACCACAAGUGUGUUACGAAUAUUGUUCGCAUGUGCUACAGAAAGGUAUCAAAAAAUAUGACAAAUCCGUUUUCGCAGCUUCAUGUUCAAAGAAGUUGCAUACUAAAUACAAUAUAUGAAGCACACAAUUGCAAUUUUUUGAAGUAAAUGCUCCAUGCUAUAACGAUCUGUCUACCAGAAAUUGGUGCAUUGAGACAUAUCUGUUACUUGUUUGAGUAGAAGUCCUAUGCAGUAAUCAUGACUCCAUAUUCUUCAAGAGAAUUUACCAGUAUGUUGCUAAUUAUUUGAAAGAAACUGCCAUUUCAAUAUUCAUGAAGCUGUAGGCAGUACCCAGGCGACAGCAUAAAUGUGUUUAUUACACGUCCAUCACUCAGGCUAUUUUCCUCAACGAUGGAGAAAGAUACAAAAAUAUCAUGAUUAUGCAAACAUGUUACUGAGGUAUGCCUCCUUAAUAGUAAUGCUAUUUGUGUGAUCAAAAUUUGCACACAUGUGAACUAUCUGUGCUACUUCUACAUUAGGAAAUAACUGAUGGUGGCAAGUAUGCAGAGAUCAGGCAAAAAUUGUAAUCAUCUGCCUAGUAGCACUUUCAGACUGCAAUACAACAGUGCUUCUGUAUGGUAUGGACUCAUUAGUUCUCUGUUAGUUUUCCUCUAGUAAAUUGGACUAUAUGUCUACACACACCUCACACAGUUCCCAUUUACUGCAGGCUAUCAGUUUGUUGCUGUGUAGUUGGUGUGCAAUAGCAUCCCAAAUUCGUUUCAUAAUGAUCUAAUGAGGUGGGAAAGACAACAGUGUGAGCUAUCAUGAUGCUCAAACCAUUGCAGUGUGAUUCUGACCUUGUGAUUGUGACCAGGGAAUAUAUCAACCAUUAAGUGACAGAGGUUGCAAUUAUGUUCAUGUUCUCCACAUCUGUCAUGGUGCUUCCAAUUAUGACCAGCUGUUUUUUGGCGUCUCAUAUGAAUAUCCACCAUAGCAUGACAUUGCCGUCAUCUUUGUGCACCUGUUGUGUUGUGCAUGUGUUGAACGACUGUUCAUCUGGAUGAUGGCACAUCGGGGCACAACCAUUGACCUGGUCCACAAGAAAUGUCACUUAUCCCAACACGUGACACGUCUUUAUUGGUAUGCAGUCCAAUCUCAAUUAUCCCAUUUGUAUUACUAUGGUAACUGACAAUGUUGUUAGAUCAACAUGGGAAUACAAAGCUGUUAUAUAACUUGGGGCCUCAUGUUCAACAGUGUCUGCUGAAUAGCUUGAAACAGUUGUGCCUGCUCAAGCAUUUUCUCCUGUCUCCACAGAUUGCCAUCAGUCCCACUAUACAGAGCAGCUAGGUUUGAUCUCCUUGUUCCAGGUAAUGCAUGGAAAUCCUACAACCUUUUGUCAAAUUGUGGAUAUACCAUCUUUCAACGAUGUUCCAUAGAGGCUAAUGAUAGAAGCAUCUGAGCAGCCAACCAGAUUCACUGUUUUUUAGAUGCACUUACUCAAGCACCAGGCAAAACAAUCUGCUCUUUGGCAAAGUUAUUUAUGCCAGUUUUUUACACACACUGUAACUAGAAUGAUCACCCAUUCAUUGUUGGUUAUAUAGUUUCGUUACUACUUGACAUAACCAAAAUGCCACUGGGUAGCACACACUCCUCCUAGGGAAGUGGGUAUAAUGAUUUGGAUCAACAGUGUAUCUUGACACAACAGGAUCUUUUGGUAAAUUGUGUAGUAAUUCAAAUUUUCAUGUUUUGUUAAAUUUUAUGCCAAUACACUAUUGUCAGUUUAAGC